AUGGUGGGACUACAAUUAUUUAACAAUAUAAAUACUGGAAUUUCCGUGUGUGCAGAUCUCGAUUUAGAUUACUUGGAGCGUCGAAUCGGUGAUACAAUAGCGAGUGAUAAUGCGGAUAGUGGAUCGAAAGAGGAUGAGACACCAGGAGACAGUCUGGAUCGUGUCAAAGUGGUAUUCCUCGGUGCACCAGGAGUUGGAAAGUCCAGUAUCAUACGUCAAUUUGUUUGUACCGAGUUUUUCGAUAGUUAUCGACCCACUGAGAGACGAGAGACGUUUUAUCCCAGUGUUGUGUUGUCGGAUCGGCUUUAUGAAUUGAAAAUCACCGAUCUACCUACAAUACCGUAUUUUCCAGCCAGCACGCAUCUAGAGUGGACUGAUUUUCGAUAUUACGGACUCAGAAGUGCAUCGGCUUAUGUUCUCGUAUUUGAUCUCAGUAAUCAGGACACUUUCCAGUACAUAAGAACCCUGAGGGAGCAAAUAUACGAGGCGAGAGACAUGCGAGGAGUUCCACUGCUCGUCGUGGGAAAUAAGCAGGAUAAACUGUCAGCUGUUGUGGCAUCCAGUACGAGGUAUCGAGAUAUUGUUAAUCUAGUGAAGAAGCAUUGGAGAUGUGGAUAUGUUGAGUGCAGCGCUCGAUUCAACUGUCGAGUUGUUCAGGUAUUUCGUGAAUUGAUGAAGAGCAUUCAAGCAUCAGAAGGCAAACAAAAUUCGCCAGUGCCAACGCCAUUGUUACCCCAUCGAUCCAAUCCACGUGAUAGCAACGACAAGUGUAUACUUCUCUGACAAAAAAGUAAGAAUACCAAAGACGAAGAGACACUAGUGAAUUCGCACAGCAAAAUCCACUCGUCUUCUUCCUAAAUCCUUUUUUUUAGAAUUUUUUCGUCGAAUCCUCUCUAAUUGUUACGAUAGUACCAAUGGGGACUGUCCCAGCUCAAGACAUAUAUUUUACUAUGUGACUGUUGUGAUGAAUUCGUUUCUAGAUAAAUAAAAUAUAAUUAAAAUUGAUAUUCGAUGAAUAAAUAAGAGAUGUGUAUAGCCUCGAGAUUUAGAUGAAUUUUGCACACCUCGCGUGCAGAUUUACAAAACAAAUGAUAAAAGGAAUUCCGUAGACUCGACAAAAGGGCAAUAAGAUGAAUCCGUCAUUUUAAGUUCAAUAAAUAAACUAAUUCAUAAAUGAAAACUGCCUUGGAAGAAAUUUUUACAACUGAUUAUUGUACCAUGAGUUUCAAUGGUUGAAGCGUUGGGCGUUAAUUGUAUGAUUAACUGUAUCUAGUGGUUGAAAACAAUGAAAUUAUAUUUCAUUCGUCAUAAAUACUGUAAAUAAACGAAAGAUCAUGUUAUGUUGUUGACUCAAUAAAAA